AUGCACAGAAUAUCUUUAGAAGAAAUUGCUCAACAGUUCAACUCUUCCGAAAAGGUUGAUAAAAAUCAGAAUGUCAAAUUAAAGUAUAAACAUAUCGUUAUUGAUGGCAGCAACUUAGCUAUGAGCCAUGGUGGUAAAAAAAUAUUCUCUUGUCGAGGGAUACAAGUCUGCGUGCAGUACUUUUUGAAUCGUGGUCAUAGAGAAAUCACAGCUUUCGUUCCUGAGUGGCGCAAAGAAGCUCCAAAGCCUGAUGCCCCUAUUUGUGAGCAAGAUAUACUAACACAAUUAGAAUCACAAGGAUUUCUAGUUUUUACUCCAUCACGGCGUGUUCGUGGCAAACGUCGAGCACAUCACGAUGAUUACUUCGUAGUCAAAUUAGCUGCGGAAAAAGACGGAAUAAUAGUUUCAAAUGAUAACUUUCGUGAUAUACAGCAUGAAUCACCGAAAUGGAGAAAGGUAAUAGAAAAGCAGUUAUUAAUGUAUUCUUUUGUCGGCGAUACCUUUAUGCCAGUAGAAGACCCAUUAGGUCGUCAUGGUCCAACUUUAGAUAUGUUCUUAUGUAGCGGUGUGGAAUCCGAUACUGAAGCGACGAUCUGUCCUUAUGGUCGACGUUGUACAUACGGGAAUAAGUGUAAAUAUGUUCAUCCUGAAAAA